AUGGCCAGAACGGCCACAUCGUCCAAAAAAGAGCUCAAAAUUCCGCAAUCUGAGCGUGUAAUCCAGGACCUAGAUCUCCAGAACCGCUACAUCGAUCAACUACGAAAUACGCUGUCUUUUACCAACGAGGAUUUGACCGCAAUCAGCGAAUUGUUUACCCAGGCCGUGGAGCUAGCCUCCAGCGACUUAUCGGAGGAAGCGUACCGCUUUGUGGUGCGUCUAUGGCUUGCUGUUUUCAAAGAACGCAGAGGAGGGCCUAACCUCGAGAAAAUCUUGCUCAGAUCCAGGGGCAAGGUGGCAAAUCUUUGCGUUAAUAAUCUAGACUACAAGCUGUACCUUGAAUGCACCGGAGUGCUUCCAAAAACACCGUUGUGGGCAGAUACGGUGGCUCAAACUCUCCAGUUUCUGCUUCUGAACAAAGGCGAGCUUCAGUUCAGCAGCUCCAGCAUCACCGGGUACCUCCGGGGGCUUGAAAGCACGGAGAACAAAAGGAGGAUGUUGGCGACUUUUCUCCGGAAAGCGCUUCUUUACUCCCCACUGAACCACGACUUCGCCAGAAUCCUCACUGCAUUUGUCAAAUUCGCCAACGACGUCGGCGACGGCGAUCUCCUUUUAAUACAACCAGAGCACGCCGUCUACCGCAAGGCACUCAGCAUCUUGAGCAGGCCCAGAGGCUCCUCCUCGGUGGGCAGCCAUAUCCAUUUAAUCGAGGGGGUGCUUUUAAGAAGCGAAUACGGCAACAAAGCCGUUUUGUCCAAUCUCCUCACGACGCUUCUGCUGGCUACAGUGACCAAAAGACCGUCGAUCGCCUUGGAGUACUUCAAGUUCAAGGAAAACUUGAGUCUGGGCUCGUACAAGGUGAACGAGUACCUUACCGAAAACGACCUUCUGACGGCCAUGUGGGCGCUUUUCCUCAGCAGCAAGUACCAGGAGUGCUUGGAGCUUUACCUGAAAUACCCUACUCUCCAUGGCGAGGAGCAAAUCGACAUUUUCCUUCGAAUCAGCGAAAAAACGAAAGACUGGCUGCAUUUGCAAAAACAGUUCGAAGACAUGUACGGCCAGGGCGAUCUCCCGUACGUCCAGCACUACGCCAUUGUGAUGAACGCCUUGGCUUCCAUCAAGGUUGUCAAGGAGGUCGACGAGCUCUACGAACAGCUUCUCCAGAGAAACUUGACUCCAACCUGCGAAAUCCACGCAGCAGUCAUAAAAAGCCGUAUGGCCGUCAAGGACUACGACGGGGCGCAGGCGAAGUUUGAGGAUUUUCUUGAAAAAUACGAGAACGGCGCUGUGGCAGAAGGAAGUGUGGCUAGAGUCCAUGCGUUGAUUUUCGAUCUCCAUCUCCACACAAGCAGUCUUCCUGAUUUGAUGAAUGCGCUUCAGCAGGUGAUAAAACGUCAGAAAACAAGCCUGGUGCCGUUGAUCGACACGAAGCUUCUCUGCGAUGUCAUCAGUGCCGUUGGAGCCAAUUACGGUGUUCGUGAGUUGGACCAGCUCUGGGAGAUUGCUGAGCGAUUUUCCAUGAAAACAGAGGAGGUUUACGAAAAAACCAUCAAUGCACUUACGAGGUUUGGCGAGUACGAAAGAGCCGAUGCGCUUACGUUUGAAGCCCAGUUGGAUUCGCUUGUUCCGUUUACAAGCUCACUCAUCGCUAAAGCUCAACUUAAAAACUUGAGAAGCUGGUACAAUGCAUCCACGGACCGGGAUUUCAAGCCGUUUUUGGCUGCCAAAACAAUGACGGUCUUGCGGCGUCUCGACCAGGGCAAAAUGUCGUUGAAGAACAGGUCCAAUUUACUCACCGAGGCCAUCAAGUUUGAGUUGUCUUUGAACAGAAGAAAAACGGCCAGAACGUACUUGGACCAGGCGAAAUCCUUGGAAUCUGCCACCGAACAGCACUACCUCCCGUUUUUGAAGUACUACUGCCAGGCCGGAUCCUACAAAGGUGCCAGUACUGUUUUGGAGCUCUACCGAGAAAUGGCGGCUGAAAAGAUCGAAAUGACGUCCAAGACGUAUGUCUACUUGAUCAGAGCGUUGAUUGAAAUCGACAGAGCCAACUCCGACAACUACAACAAUUCCUACAAGUUGUUGGAGUCUGUUUUUGAGCUUUACGGAUUGUCGAUGUUUGAGCAUCUCAAGCCUUUGAGAGCCUCCAGUGGAGAUAUGCACCGUCACGCCGAGAAUCUCUUGAAAAUUGUUACGACGUAUGUGACCGCCACCUCGAGCCUGAUUCACCUGAACAUGGAUCUUGUGGUGCACUUUCUCAACCAAAUGAGGGACAGACUUGGCGAUCGAAUCCCGCUUCGUUUCAGAUUGGCGAUUUUCAAGGAAAUGGGUAUUCUUUACCGUUUGGGCGGCGACAACACCACAGCGAAAAAGAUGAUCCUCAAUGCUCUUGAAGAGCUCAACGACAUUGCAGACAAUUACAGAAAGAGUGUUUCAAAUAACGCUUUUCCUGCUCAAUUACCAAAGCUUCUCCAAUUGGAUUACAGACAGAUUGUGGAGGUUUUGCUUCCGGUGUUCCGUGAGCUCAAAACUCCUCCAGACGAAUACGAAAAGCUAGCCUUAUCGUUGUUGGAUCGCAAUGUUCACCUAGCAGGUCCCUUAUUCCGUCCAAUUAUCGAGCACAUCAUGAAAGGUGAACCCAGUGAAACCAAGGUCAGAGCAAUUCUCGAUAUCUGUGAACGUUUCCUUGUUUCAGGAACCUGGGUCACCGCCAACAUCGAAAAGAAGCAGCAGUAUGUCUACAAAUUGUUCAUUCUCUUUCUCACCAGACGGAUGCCCGAGAAGAGGAUUCUCGAAAACUACAGCAUAUUCAACAAGUACUACAACGUCCAAAGCAUAGACGAGUUGAGGAAGGAAUUCAAAAACACCACUAAUUACGCCGGGGAGUUGCAACAGGCUCUAGACGAAUAUGGCCGUCUCACCACCUUCAGAUGGAAAAUUCCCCAGCUUCUCAAGGACCCCCACAAGUUUUUCCUUCCUGGACGAAGCAUCUCCUCCAAAAACGUCAUGGACCCCAAAAUGACCGCAAAGUUAUACGCCUUUGUCGGGAAGUACAGUGAGGACGACCGGACCAAAGCAUUCAAACUUUACGAGGACUUCCCAGACACCAUGGAGUACCUCUUGUAUUAUGGACAGGCCAGAACACGGCUCCAAGCAUUCAGAAACGAAAUCGACGAGAUCCAACCGCCUCUGGCAUCGUCGGAAAACGAGGGAAGAAAGUACAGAAGGUUCCGGACGUACCGUGUAUUGCGGAAGUCGAUGAAGCUUCUCUCACGCUAA